GUAAGAAAGUGGCGACGCGAUAUCAAUGCUCAACAGCGAGCGUUGGAUCGUCAAAAACGUGGGAUCGAGGUUGAAGAAAACAAGGCCAAGCUUAUGAUCAAACAAAUGGCAAAGAAGGGCGAUAUUAGAACCUGCAAAAUCUUGGCAAAAGAGCUUGUCCGUUCUCGACGACAGAAGGAUCGCAUUGUCACUAGCAAGGCUCAAUUGAACUCAAUAUCCAUGCAACUGCAGCAUCAGCUUGCCACAUUAAAAAUUGCUGGCACUUUGCAAAAGAGUUCUGAAGUCAUGGGCUUGGUCAACAGUCUUGUUAAAUUACCAGAGAUUUCAAUUACAAUGCGAGAAAUGACCAAGGAGAUGAUGAAGGCUGGAAUUAUUGAUGAAAUGCUGGAGGAAACCAUGGAAUCAUUGGAUGACGAAGAAGUUGAAGAAGAAGCAGAGGAGGAAGUCAACAAAGUCUUAUUCCAGAUUACAGAUGGUCUGUUGGGCGAAGCACCAUUGGCAGCAGGAAAACUGCCAACUGUAGGAUUGGAAGAAGAGGAGGAGGAGCCAGCAUUAGACGAUAUGCAGCGACGUUUGGAAGCUCUCAAGAGCUAA